AUGCAAGAGCAGCUUCACUGCUCCCAACUGACUUACCUCAUGCAGGCAGGUGUACUGAACAUGGUACGGGGCCACUUUCUCUUCGCCCUUGAUCUCCACGGAGAUGUGGAGACGAAUUGCACCGGAAACAGCACUUUUGUCAGUCCUCUUCUCUGUCCCCGAAAGGCAGAUGGCAUGAGAGGCAAGAGAAGAAGAACAGUAAGAAUAGAGUAA